AUGAAGCUUUUUGCCCUUUUAAGCGCUGUGCUCAGCCUGUACUUUGCCGCAGCACAGACGGGCGUAGUGUACGAUGAGAAUCAGACGAACGUUCAGUUCCAUGUGACUUUGUGGAUCGUACUGACGCUAAUCACGGCAUUUAUCCUGGGGACCUACGCCACCUUCCAAAUCGCCAACACGAAGGACUCGCUGCUGUACUCCAAAAUCAACACCUCGAGCAACCAGAAAUGA